UAGGUAAUUUGCCUAAGAUCACACAGCUAGUGUCUGGAAGGGGGUUAGGAAGCCCUCAGGGUUUUAACCCACCAGAGCCAGCAUCUGUGUUGGGGUCAGGGUUCCUGAACAGUCUGGGCUGGCCUGAGCUAGACGUCAGGAACAGGAAAAGAACGCACCCUGAAUGUUCCUCCCUCCUGAGCGAGUCUUCCGACACCUGCGAGAAAGGUGGGCAGGACUGUACCCCUGCCUGCCGGAAAGGGGGCGGGCCCACAGAGGUGUUGAGAUUUGCCAGUCUCUCGGCUAGCAGGUAGCAGAGCCCUGGCCCCUUGACUGUCAGCCCUGAACUCACUGUAUCUGAAGCAAGAUGGGAGAAGGUAUGUGAAGUCCACUUGGACCUGGGCCUGGGUGAGAGGUGCGGACACUGAAAAGUGAGAACGGGAGGGCCUGCCGUGGUGUCCUUUAGCGACAGGAGAGAGCUUCCAUGCUGGGAGAGGUUGAAUCUAUGCCAGGCUCUGGUCUAAGUGUUUUUAAAUUGGCAUUUUCUGAGUUUUUCAGACAAGGCACAGACCGGCUAAAUGUCCAAGGUCACUCCAGUAGCACGCGGGGGAACUGGCCUUUGAACUCUGUCUGUGAGCUCAUGGCCAUGGCCCAGAGAGGGGUGGUGAAUAGCCCAGGGUCACACAGCCCCAGAACCAGGAGCUACUGGCUUCCUUCCAGCCCAGGAAAAGCAAUGACACCUGACUCCUAGCCAACUGGGGGCGGAGCAGAGGUGGAGCUAGCGAGACCCGGUGGCUUCUCUGAGAACCACAGCACAGGCGGCAGAGUGGCCCGGAGCAGCAUGAGGCAGAGCUGGGGACCAGGGCUGCUGCUCCUGGGAGCCGUGGUCCUCAUAGAGGGUCUUCAGGCAGCUCAGCGUGCCUGCGGGCAGCGCGGCCCUGGCCCCCCUGAGCCUCAGGAGGGCAGCACGGGGCCUGGCGAGUGGCCGUGGCAGGCCAGUGUGCGGAGGCAGGGGGUGCACAUCUGCAGUGGCUCCCUGGUGGCGGACACCUGGGUCCUCACGGCUGCCCACUGCUUUGAAAAAGCGGCAUUGACAGAACUGAGCUCCUGGUCCGUUGUUCUGGGCUCUCUGCAGCGUGAGGGGCUGAGCCCCGGGGCUGAGGAGGUCGGGGUGACUUCUCUGCAGCUGCCCAGGGCCUACAACCACUACAGCCAGGGCUCAGACCUGGCCCUGCUACGGCUCGCCCACCCCACAGCCCACACGCCCCUCUGCUUGCCCAGACCUGCCCAUCGCUUCCCCUUUGGGACCUCUUGCUGGGCCACUGGCUGGGACCAGGACAUUAGUGAUGGUAAGUGCUGCCCCAGGCUGAAGCCCAAAGAGGCAGUCCUCUUGCCCAAGGUGACAGCCUCAGCUGGCAACGGUCUCUGCUUCUAGUCUUCCUUGCUCCCCAGAGCCCAGACUCCAGCCCCAAGCCCGUCUUUUUCCAGCUCCCAGGAUCCUACGGAAUCUGCGCCUGCGUCUAAUCAGCCGCCCCACG